CGGAGUCCGGAAGAUCUUACUUGCAUUGGGUCGUUUCAAACAUACCCCUACCGAUUGAGCAGCCAGCUCAUUAGAACUGGUUCAGGUUGUGAUCAGGCUCAAUUGACGACGCUAGCCCACGCCAUGGAUAUUGAAGAAUUUCGCAAGGCCGGAUAUCAGGCCAUCGACCGGAUUUGCGACUACUAUGCAUCGUUCCAGGAUCGCCCAGUUGUGUCCCAGGUUCAGCCCGGAUAUCUAGUAGACGCACUCCCAUCACAUCCGCCAGACGAAGCGGAGGACUUCGACGAGAUCGCAAACGACUUUCAGAAGCUGAUCCUGCCCGGCAUUACGAACUGGCAGCACCCGAACUUCUUCGCGUACUUCCCGACCGCCGGCAGCUUUGAGGGCAUUCUUGGAGAUCUCUAUGCGUCGAGCGUGUCCAAUCCUGGCUUCAAUUGGCUCAGUAGCCCCGCAUGCACGGAGCUCGAGCAGGUCGUCAUGGACUGGUGCGCGAAGCUCCUUGGCCUCGGCGACCACUUCUUGAACAAGAACGGUGUAGGUGGCGGUGUUAUCCAGACGACUGCAUCUGAGGCAGCCAUCGUAGUCUGUGCCGCCGCUCGCGCCCGGUAUGUCCGCGAGCAUCCGGACGCGAAGCUAGAGGACCUCGUCAUAUACACCACGACACAGACGCAUUCUCUCGGCGUCAAGGCCGGCCUUGUUCUCGGUCUGCAGGUCCAUGCCCUCGAAGUCACACCCGAAGACGAAUACAGUUUGCGCGGCGAGACUCUGCGCCAGGCGCUCGCCGAGGACCUGGCGCAGGGCAAACGGCCAUUUAUCACGAUUGCCACCGUCGGGACGACUUCUUCCGGCGCCGUAGAUAACCUAGAGGAGAUUGGCGAAGUUCUGAAGGAGCAUCCCUCCAUAUGGCUCCAUGUGGAUGCUGCAUGGGCAGGUGUGGCGAUGGCUUGUCCCGAAUAUCGCACUUUCGGAAAGCUCGACCCCAUCAACCAAUACGCCACCUCCUAUUGCACGAACUUCCAUAAAUGGGGCCUAGUCAACUUCGACGCGUCGAUGCUAUGGGUAAGGAACAGGCUGGAUCUAACGGACGCGCUAGACGUGACUCCGGAGUUCCUGCGGACCAAACAGCAUGAUGCUGGACUUGUCAUCGACUACCGCAACUGGCACCUCGGGCUCGGCAGGCGUUUCCGCUCCCUCAAAGUUUGGUUCGUCCUGCGGCGCUACGGCGUGGAGGGCUUCAGGAAUCACAUUCGCGAGGGCAUCGCGCUGAAUGAGUACCUCGCCUCCUUCAUCCGCGCCUCUCCCUUCCGGUUCGAGCUCGUCACCACGCCCAGCCUCGCGCUCUCCGUCUUCCGCCUCGUCAUCCCGCAGUCCGUUUCUCUCGCCGCAAAUGAAGACAGUCUGGUGGCCCACAACGAGCUGAACCGCGCGUUCCACCGGCGCAUCGAGGGCGCGUCGGACAAGAUAUUCCUGACGCAGACGGUGUUGAACGGCACGUUCUGCAUUCGGUUCGCGGUCGGGGCGCAGCGCACGAGGAGGGAGCAUAUCGAUGCUGCGUGGGAGGUCAUCACGACCAAUGCGAACACGGCCAUUGAAGAGUGGGUGCAGAGCAGGACGACUGCUUAGAGUGAGGAGGCAUACGCGUCUUAGAAAGUUGUGGGCUCAGGCUGUAUUCGAGAAUGUAAGACAAGCGCCGACUGUGUAUACCGUCGGAGAUGGGGCGAAGAUUCCGAGCUGGGGAAUUUCUCUCAGUCCACCGCUGUCGAUGUUGUCUCUACUCUAUAACACUCCCCCAGCG